GCGUUAAUGUGCCGGUCACCGUGGCCCAUCCUCCGGAACGAUUACUGUUGCUUUUCGUGUCCCAUUUCCUAUCGUUGUGCUGUGCCCUAAUCAUUCCAGAUUUGUUCUCUAUCAUAUAGUUUCGUUGUUGUUGUUGUUGUUCACGUUUAAUCGCCUCCACGAGCGCCAACUUCCUCCUCCGGCCGAUCCAUCUAGUAGUCCCGGUCGGACAUGAGAAGCGCGCUUUACGUCGCGUCCGAAGUGCAGUGCAGUGCCUCUUCUUAAUGGAGUGUGCCGACGUAUAGGCCGCUUUCGUCGUGUUUCUCGUUACUCGCACAGGCGGAGUGCCGACAACCACGACUUGAGAGAUGGUCAUCGUCACGCGGGGAGACUACAUAUGGAUCGAACCAAUCUCAGGGAGGGAAUUUGACGUUGCGAUCGGGGCAAGAGUCGUUUCCGCGGAGGGCAGACGGAUUCAAGUGAAAGACGACGAUAACAAGGAACAAUGGCUGACUCCGGAGAGAAGAAUAAAAGCGAUGCACGCCACGUCUGUGCAAGGUGUCGAGGAUAUGAUCAGUUUAGGAGACCUCCAUGAAGCGGGUAUCCUACGAAAUUUGCUGAUACGAUACAACGAGAACCUUAUAUACACCUACACGGGUUCGAUUCUGGUAGCCGUGAACCCGUAUCAGAUACUGCCGAUUUACACCGCGGAACAAAUAAAACUGUACAAGGAUCGUAAAAUCGGCGAGCUGCCGCCCCAUAUAUUCGCCAUCGGUGACAACAGUUACGCGCAUAUGAACCGAUAUGGACAAGACCAGUGUAUAGUGAUCAGCGGCGAAAGCGGAGCCGGCAAAACGGAAAGUACGAAAUUAAUUUUGCAAUAUUUGGCAGCGAUCAGCGGCAAGCAUUCGUGGAUCGAACAGCAAAUUUUGGAAGCGAAUCCUAUCUUAGAAGCUUUCGGGAACGCGAAGACGGUACGAAACGACAAUUCGUCACGGUUCGGAAAGUACAUCGAUAUUCACUUUAACGAGCAAGGCGUCAUAGAGGGGGCAAAGAUAGAGCAGUAUCUUUUGGAAAAGUCCCGGAUAGUCUCGCAAAGUUUGGACGAGAGAAAUUACCAUGUGUUCUAUUGCAUGCUGGCCGGUCUCUCGAAAGAGGAGAAGCAAAAACUGGAGCUGGAGGACGCGUCUUCGUACAAAUAUCUGACAGGGGGUGGAAGCAUCACGUGCGAAGGUCGAGACGAUGCCGCGGAGUUCGCGGACAUUCGAUCGGCGAUGAAGGUUCUGUUGUUUUCUGACACGGAAAUAUGGGAAGUUCUGAAGCUGCUCGCCGCUCUGUUGCACAUGGGGAACGUCAAGUACAGAGCUACCGUCGUGGAUAAUUUGGACGCCACCGAAAUACCAGAACAGACGAACGUCCAACGUGUUGCGCAGCUGUUGGGUGUACCGGUCCAAUCGUUGAUAGACGCCCUCACUCGCAGAACGAUAUUUGCUCACGGUGAGACGGUUGUCUCCACGCUGUCCAGGGAGCAAUCGGUGGACAUCAGGGACGCGUUCGUGAAAGGGAUCUACGGACGGCUGUUCGUGCACAUCGUCAAGAAGAUCAACGAGGCGAUUUACAGGCCGAAGAACACGUCCCGUAGCGCGAUAGGCGUCCUGGAUAUAUUCGGGUUCGAGAACUUCAAUCACAACAGCUUCGAGCAAUUCUGCAUCAACUACGCGAACGAGAAUCUUCAGCAGUUCUUCGUGCAGCAUAUAUUCAAGCUGGAACAAGAGGAGUAUAAUCACGAGGGCAUCAAUUGGCAGCACAUCGAGUUCGUCGACAAUCAAGACGCGUUGGAUCUGAUAGCGAUCAAACAGCUGAACAUCAUGGCGUUGAUCGACGAAGAGUCCAAGUUCCCGAAAGGCACCGAUCAAACGAUGCUGGCGAAGAUACACAAAACCCACGGCAGCCAUCGGAAUUACUUGAAGCCGAAAUCGGACAUAAACACGUCGUUCGGAUUGAAUCACUUCGCCGGCGUGGUGUUCUACGACACGAGAAGCUUCCUGGAGAAGAACCGGGACACGUUCAGCGGCGACUUGUUGCAGCUGAUUCAUAUAUCCUCGAACAAAUUUCUACAAGUUUGCUUCGCCGAGGACAUCGGUAUGGGGUCGGAGACGCGGAAAAGAGCGCCGACGUUGUCCACGCAGUUCAAGAAGUCUCUGGACUCGCUGAUGAAAACGUUGUGCAGCUGUCAGCCGUUCUUCAUCCGAUGCAUCAAGCCGAACGAGUACAAGAAACCGAUGAUGUUCGACAGAGGGCUCUGUUGCCGGCAACUGAGAUACUCUGGGAUGAUGGAGACGAUUCGUAUCCGACGAGCUGGUUAUCCGAUCAGACAUUCCUUCCCGGAGUUCGUGGAGAGGUAUCGAUUUCUUAUAGCCGGUAUACCUCCGUCGCACAAGGUGGAUUGUCGAGCGGCCACCUCGAAGAUAUGUCACGUGGUGCUAGGAAGAUCGGACUAUCAAUUGGGGCACACCAAAGUUUUCCUCAAAGACGCUCACGACUUGUUCCUGGAGCAAGAACGCGACCGUGUGCUCACCCGAAAGAUUCUGAUACUGCAGCGCAACAUCCGCGGCUGGGUCUACAGACGAAGAUUCCUUCGGAUGAGAGCAGCAGCGACGGUCGUGCAGAAGUAUUGGCGUGGUUACGCGCAACGACAACGUUACAAACGUAUGCGAAUCGGUUACAUGCGGCUGCAGGCGUUGAUCAGAUCGCGAGUACUUUCCCAUCGGUUCAGGCAUCUGCGGGGUCACAUCGUCGCCCUGCAGGCACGAGCCAGGGGUUAUCUGGUGCGCCGAAUGUUCCAGAAAAAAUUGUGGGCCAUCGUGAAGAUACAGGCGCACGUCCGGCGUCUGAUCGCCCAGAGACGGUACAAGAAGACCAAGUACGAGUACCGAUUGCACGUCGAGGCUCUCAGGCUUCGGAAGAAAGAGGAACGUGAACUGAAAGACCAAGGGAACAAGAGGGCGAAGGAGAUCGCCGAGCAGAACUACCGGGAACGGAUGCAGGAGCUCGAGAGGAAGGAGAUCGAGAUGGAGCUGGAGGAUCGGCGUCGAAUGGAGAUAAAGAAGAAUCUGAUAAACGACGCGGCGAAGAAGCAAGACGAGCCGGUCGACGACAGCAAAUUGGUCGAGGCGAUGUUCGAUUUCCUUCCCGAUUCUAGCAGCGAAGCACCGACGCCCGCUCGGGAAACGUCUGUUUUCAACGAUCUACCAGCGCCGAAGGCGGACCAACAGGAGAUCAUCAGCCCCGUUCAGACCGCCUCGGAGGACGAGGAGGAUCUGUCCGAGUUCAAGUUCCAGAAGUUCGCUGCCACAUAUUUCCAAGGGAACAUCACUCAUCAGUACUCGAGGAAGCCGUUGAAGCACCCAUUACUGCCGUUGCACACGCAAGGCGACCAACUGGCCGCUCAGGCUCUCUGGAUCACGAUACUUCGUUUCACUGGCGAUCUUCCAGAGCCUAGAUUCCACACUAUGGACCGUGACACGACUUCCGUGAUGUCCAAGGUCACGGCGACACUGGGUCGCAACUUCAUCCGUAGCAAAGAGUUCCAGGAGGCUCAGAUGAUGGGCGUAGACCCGGAGACGUUUCUCCGGCAAAAGCCACGAUCGAUACGGCACAAACUGGUCUCGCUCACGCUGAAACGGAAGAACAAGCUAGGCGAGGACGUCAGACGGAAGCUCCAGGAUGACGAGUACACAGCCGACAGCUAUCAGUCGUGGCUAGAAGCGAGGCCCACCUCGAACCUCGAGAAGCUACACUUCAUCAUCGGCCACGGGAUACUCCGUGCCGAGCUACGGGACGAGAUCUACUGUCAGAUCUGCAAACAACUGACGAACAACCCGUCCAAGUCGUCGCACGCACGCGGCUGGAUAUUGUUGUCGUUGUGCGUCGGUUGUUUCGCCCCGUCCGAGAAAUUCGUCAAUUAUCUGCGCGCGUUCAUACGCGAGGGACCGCCCGGUUACGCGCCGUAUUGCGAGGAUCGGUUGAAACGAACAUUUAACAACGGAACCCGUAACCAGCCGCCGAGUUGGCUAGAGCUGCAGGCGACGAAGUCGAAGAAACCGAUCAUGCUACCGAUCACGUUCAUGGACGGGAACACGAAGACGUUGCUGGCCGAUUCGGCGACCACCGCGAGGGAACUUUGCAACCAACUUUCGGACAAGAUCUCCCUACGGGAUCAGUUCGGUUUCUCACUUUAUAUCGCCCUGUUCGACAAGGUCUCGUCCCUGGGCAGCGGCGGCGAUCACGUGAUGGACGCGAUCUCGCAGUGCGAGCAAUACGCCAAGGAACAGGGCGCCCAGGAGCGUAACGCACCGUGGCGAUUGUUCUUCCGGAAGGAGAUAUUCGCCCCAUGGCACGAGCCCACCGAGGAUCAGGUCGCCACGAAUCUAAUUUACCAACAGGUGGUCAGAGGGGUGAAGUUCGGCGAGUAUCGGUGCGACAAGGAAGAGGAUCUGGCGAUGAUCGCCGCCCAGCAAUAUUAUAUUGAAUAUUACACGGAUAUGAAUGUCGACAGGCUGUAUACACUGUUGCCGAAUUAUAUACCGGACUACUGUUUGACCGGUAUCGAGAAGGCGAUCGACCGAUGGGGACACCUCGUUCUGCAAGCGUACAAAAAGAGUUACUAUCUGAAGGAAAAGGUACCCGCGUUACGCGUCAAAGAGGACAUAGUCGGCUACGCAAAGUUCAAAUGGCCGUUGUUAUUUUCACGUUUCUACGAGGCGUACCGAAAUUCAGGCCCGAAUCUGCCGAAAAACGACGUGAUCAUAGCCGUGAACUGGACCGGAGUGUACGUUGUGGACGAUCAAGAACAGGUGCUUUUGGAAUUGUCCUUUCCCGAGAUCACCACCGUAUCUAGUCAGAAAACGAACAAGAUGUUCACGCAGACGUUCAAUUUGUCCACGGUCCGGGGAGAAGAGUUCACGUUCCAAAGCCCGAACGCAGAGGACAUCCGGGACCUGGUGGUGUACUUUCUGGAGGGUCUGAAGAAGCGUAGCAAAUUCGUGAUCGCGUUGCAGGAUUAUAAAGCGCCGGGAGAAGGCUCGUCGUUCCUGACCUUUCAGAAAGGUGAUCUUAUCGUACUGGAGGAGGAGAGCACGGGCGAGACAGUCCUCAAUUCGGGAUGGUGCAUCGGGACCUGCGAGAGGACCACCGAAAAGGGCGAUUUUCCAGCAGAGACCGUUUACGUUUUGCCUUCUCUGUCGAAACCACCGAACGAUAUACUGUCCUUGUUCAGCAUCGAGGGAACAGAAAACGGACGCAAGCUCUGCCCGCAACCAGUGAACGGAGUAGAGCCUCGAGACAAACCCCAUACUCUUCUAGAAUACGCCAUCGAUCAUUUCCGAACCCCUCCAAAGAGGACAAUGUCGAAGGCCCUGACUCUGACAACUGCGCGUCGCGGGCACACCGACGAGCUCUGGCAUCAUUCCCGAGAUCCGAUAAAGCAACCGCUUCUGAAGAAAUUAAUAUCGAAGGAAGAACUGGCCGAGGAAGCGUGUUUCGCUUUCAACGCGAUCUUGAAGUACAUGGGCGACCUGCCGACCAAACGACCACGCGUCGGCAACGAGUACACCGACCUGAUCUUCGACGGGCCCCUGAAGAACGAGAUCCUCCGGGAUGAGAUCUACUGUCAGAUCAUGAAACAGCUCACCGACAACCGAAACCGUUUGAGCGAGGAGCGUGGCUGGGAGCUAAUGUGGCUCGCCAGCGGGCUUUUCACUUGCAGCCAAAGCCUUUUAAAGGAAUUGACUCUGUUUUUGCGCACGAGACGGCACCCCAUAUCCCAGGACUCGUUGCAAAGACUGCAAAAAACAUUGCGCAACGGCCAACGGAAAUAUCCCCCGCAUCAAGUGGAAGUCGAGGCUAUACAGCACAAAACCACUCAGAUAUUUCACAAAGUCUAUUUCCCAGACGACACGGACGAGGCGUUCGAGGUGGACUCGUCGACGAGGGCGAAGGACUUUUGCCAGAAUAUCGCGCAAAGGCUUAAUCUAAGGUCCGCGGAAGGAUUCAGCUUGUUCGUGAAAAUUGCGGACAAAGUGAUCUCGGUACCGGAAGGCGAUUUCUUCUUCGAUUUUGUACGACAUUUGACGGAUUGGAUCAGGAAGGCUCGGCCGUCCCGUGACGGCGUGUCGCCCCAAUUUACCUACCAAGUCUUCUUCAUGAAAAAGUUAUGGACCAACACCGUCCCCGGCAAGGAUAGAAACGCCGAUCUCAUUUUCCAUUUCCAUCAGGAGCUUCCGAAAUUGUUAAGAGGGUAUCAUAAAUGCACUAAAGAAGAAGCAUCGAGACUGGCAGCGUUAGUGUACAGAGUUCGUUUCGGCGAGAGCAAGCAAGAACUUCAAGCGAUUCCACAAAUGUUGAGAGAACUUAUACCCGGUGAUCUUGUAAAGAUACAAAGCUCCAACGAUUGGAAGAGAUCGAUAAUCGCGGCCUACAAUCAGGAUGCUGGAAUGAGUCCAGAAGAUGCUAAGAUAACGUUCUUGAAAAUCGUUUACCGAUGGCCGACGUUCGGUUCGGCGUUCUUCGAAGUUAAACAAAGCACGGAACCGAAUUAUCCCGAGCUGUUAUUAAUUGCGAUUAACAAACACGGAGUGAGCCUGAUACAUCCGCAGACGAAGGAUAUACUAGUGACGCAUCCUUUCACCAGAAUCUCAAAUUGGUCGUCGGGCAACACUUAUUUCCAUAUGACCAUCGGGAACUUAGUGCGUGGUUCCAAGUUGUUGUGCGAAACCUCGCUCGGCUACAAGAUGGACGAUCUGUUAACCUCGUAUAUUUCACUGAUGCUCACGAAUAUGAAUAAACAGCGUACGAUACGGAUAAAGUAACCGUGACUGUGUUUCUCCGAUGUUUCACGAGUCACCAAACGCGACACACAAGAUAUUAUAUAUUCAGUGACGACAACGAUCGCGACCGUUUAUCCAUCGUUACACGCUAAACGUGAUUUCUCGUACAGAAUUAUGACAGAAAACAUUAGGCGAGCAUUCCCCUUUUUGUUUUUCUCAUCGUCAGCAGACCCCCAUUCCAAGAAUCGUAAAAACUUUAUAUACGUGAACUUUGGAAAUUUCACAC